UACCCAUGACACCACUUUGGAGCACUCUCUGACAGCAGGCACCAGCCCUUCACUCUCUCCAUACCCUGGAUACUACAUCUCUAGUAGGAUCAAAUGGUUAAGUGUUUGUUAUUUAGAUUGUAACCUAGAGGAGGAAGAAGAUGAAACAGCUGUGGUUAGCAAUAGUCCUGUAUCUGAUGAAGAACACUGCCUGUGCUGUAGGAUGGCUCAUCUCUCACACUGUGGUCUGGGUAGAGCUUCACGUCCACCUGGAUGGAGCCAUCAGACCAGAGACCAUCUUGUACUUUGGCAAGAAAAGAGGCAUCCCUCUCCCUGGGAAUACUGUUGAGGAGCUCCUGAAGUAUGUCAGCUAUGACACACCACUGACACUUCCCCUGUUUCUAGAGAAAUUUAAUUACUACAUGCCUGCCAUUGCGGGUGACCGUGAGGCGGUGAAGAGAAUUGCCUACGAGUUUGUGGAAACAAAAGCAAAGGAAGGAGUCGCCUACGUGGAGGUGCGGUACAGCCCUCACCUCCUGGCCAACUCUGGUGUGGCUCCCAUCCCCUGGGGACAAGCUGAGGGGGACCUCACUCCAGAUGAAGUGGUUCAGCUCGUAAAUCAGGGACUGAAGGAUGGAGAGAGGGAUUUCCACAUCAAAGCCAGGUCUAUUCUAUGCUGCAUGCGCCAUAUGCCAAGCUGGUCUCCAGAGGUGGUGGAGCUCUGCAAGAAGUAUCAGAAUGACUCUGUGGUGGCUGUUGACCUGGCUGGAGAUGAGACCCUGAAGGUGGAGGAUUACUCUGAGCAUAAGAAGGCUUAUGAGGAGGCUGAGAGGUGUGGGAUUCAUCGCACUGUCCAUGCCGGGGAGGCCGGCCCGGCUGCCAUGGUCAAGGAGGCAGUUUAUGUCCUCAAGGCCGAGCGUGUUGGCCAUGGAUACCACGUCGUGGAGGACCCUGAGCUCUACAAGCAGCUGCUGAAAAUAAAGAUGCAUUUUGAGGUCUGCCCUUGGUCCAGUUAUCUCACUGGAGCAUGUUCUCCGGACUUCACCAAACACCCCGUAAUACAAUUUAAGAAAGAUCGUGCCAACUAUUCUCUAAACACGGAUGACCCCCUCAUCUUCAACUCCACCAUUGACAAGGACUAUGGCAUCGUGAAGGAACACAUGGGAUUCACUGAAGAGGAGUUCAAGAGAGUUAACAUCAACGCAGCCCAGUCCAGCUUCUUACCUGAGAAGGAAAAGCAGGAGCUGCUCAACAAGCUGUAUGAAGCCUAUGGGAUGGUCCCCAACACGUCGUGACCCGUCCCUGGGAGCCAGCGGGGAGCUGGGCCCUUCUUCACAGGAGCCUGGCUCUGCUCUGUGCCGGUGGCAGCGCUGGCAGGAGGUGCCCAGAGUCAGUCUCUGUUCCUGGCAGCCCUGUGUUGAUCCUUACAGUGCUCAUCAGAAUCAGACUAUCACACACAGCUACUUGUACCCCACAAUCUCUCUCCUGAAUGGAUCUCCAGCUUCCUGUCCUGCUGCUGUGCAAGCAGACUGGAUCUGCCUGCUGGCCUGACUCCCUUCUCCAUCUGCUGGUGUUUCUGUGCUGCAAAUGCAAACAGAAGAACCUCCCUUAUGGUUUUUCCCCUCCUCUUUCCCUGUUUCACCUGUCCUGUCCCACUGACCUGCCUGGCCCUUGCCUCAGUGCUGAAAUAACCACUUUCAACUCUGGCUGUGGCCUGGGUUAAUCCUCACCUUUCCAGGGUGUGCUAGUGCUGGCCGGGAGCGAGCAGCCCUUUCAGACACAGAGGCUUUAUUCUUGUCCCUGUGGCUGGGAGGGCCUGGUCACAGCUAUAUUUACCCAGGGUUAGUCUUGUACUAACAAGACUGGAACAAGAACAAGCUGCAAGCUGGUGCCCCUGCCUGUGCACGAGUCCAAAGGGCAUUUAAAACAAAAUACCAUUUUUUGGGCGUCCUUUCUUGUGGAGGAGCUCCCAUGUAUCAGGCCUGCCGAUGUCCCUGCUGCAGAAGUGCACACCCUAGGCUCAGGCCUCAGCUGUGCUCACAGCUGGCCAUGACCAUGCUUGCACAUGCAGAGGAAGUUGGAACAUAAUUUUACCACUUCAGGCCAAAAUCUGCCUUCUGGGAUUUUCCCCACUUUUUUAAUCUCGGAGAACUCCUGUGAACUGCAGUUUGAUCUUCCUCUUACCUUUGUUUAGGACUUGGAAAAAACAUGAUUGAUUGCCUGGUUUAACAAUUCUGCCCUCUUUCUGAUUUGACACAAUCAUUAGGCACUCUUAAGGCUGAAUAAGUGAAUUAACUUGGACCCAGUGUCACACAUUGACUCAGGUCCCAUCUGAUUGCUUCUCUCACUCAAUUAUGACACUGGCUAGAAGUCAGAUCUUCAGUUUGGUUUAGAAUUUAUACAGAGAAACUCACCAAAAUUUCCUUAGUGAUUUUAUGGCAUUAUAGUGUUUUUACUCAAUAAGCAGUAGAGCUGUGCAGCCAGAGAAGAGACCAUUGUUUUCUUACCUGAGUGUGUGGUGUGCUUUAGCAUCGGGCUCUGCCAAGAUGCUCACUCCAAAGAUACUGUACCAAAAAGUUGCCUUUGAAAAGGGGCCGUGGUCAGUCUUGCCAUGGACAGACCAUGGACUGGUCCAGUCUCAGCCAGCAGUGAUGGUGUGCUGGGAGUAUUUCCAUUCUUCCUGGGCUUCCAUAUUGGUCUUCAGAGUAAAAUACUCAUCUCUGAAGUAUGUGGUGCAUAUAUACACAUAGAUAGAUAAAUGAAGAUGAGAGAGUGAUUUUAUUACUUUUAUAAAGCAAAAGUAUCACUUUUAAGGACACGAUUGUGGUAAGAAACAGGUUUUGGGUCAUUUUUCUCCAACAAUUGUUUCUGAGGAAGAGUUGCUUGUUUGGAUUCUGGACAGUUGAUUGUUAAUCCUGUUUAAUAAAAUAACAAAUUUAUAUUAAAAGAGAAAUCCUUGUGCCUUUCUGUUCAAGGGUGACUGCUGGGGACUGUGGCCUGUGGUGUCCAAUCCCUGCUAGGGGUUCAUUGAUCACUGUGAUGGGGGCUUUGGUAGCUCGGUUGCUGCCUUCUCCUGUUGCCAGUUGGAGCACUUUGCCAGCCUGCUCCCUUGCCAAGCAGCCCAGUUGGAUUUAUGGCUCCGGGUUGUUCCAAGCUCCCCUGUCCUUUUCCCUUCAGAGCACGAGGGCUGUGUAGCACUGCUGCAGCAGCAAUGCCAUCACGGGGUACUCUCACCUUUCCAGCUGUUGAUCAAAAGGCGUCAGUUUUUUUGCUGUCUCCUGAGUUUUGCACAGUUGGUUGGUGCUCAGAGCCCAAGAGGGGCAGUCUGGGCUGCUGGGCUACACCAUCAGUGUGGGCAGGGGAGUGUUUGCCCAAAGGAUUUUGGGUUAUUCAGUGCUUGGUUAGGCUUUGACAGGUCUGGCACGCCCGUGUUCAGCUGGAAAGAAGGGCUGGGAGCAUCCCUGUGCUCAGCAGCUUUGCAGGUCAGGAUUGGCUGGAUUAAGGCAGUGCCCUUGGUCUUUCAGCACAGUCAGUGACAGUGGCUGAGCUGGCUGUCACUUGCAGGGGGAACCCAAUGCCUCUCACCCAUCCCUGAGAGAAGCUGGCCAACAGGUCCCUACUCCUCUGCCUAAAUAUAACUCUGAAACAGAUAUUUUCUGACCAGAGAGAGCUAAGAUUAGCCCACAUUUGACUGUUGGAGGUCUGUGUGGUGCUCAGUCCUUCUGCACUGCCUUUCAGCUCUGUGUGUGUGUCAGCAUGAGCCAAAAUUACUGUUCUGUGGUAAGGAGAGCUGGAAAUGGGGCUUAAAGACCCAACUGUGCAGUCAGCCAGGUCCAGGAACUCCCUGCUGGUUUGCCCCUGGGCAUGGGAAGUGGGAGCAGGCUCUUGGCUACCAUCCAGGCAUGGCCCUGCAAUGACACCCAGCCAGUCCGGGAGCCCUUUGCCAAAGCAGCAGCCACGGCCCCUGCCUGGCUUCCAAAUCCUCGUUUCCUGUGGGGGCUGGAGCUGUGGACCCCUCUGUGCUCACCCCCUGGCCAUCACUUCUCACAGACAAUUCUCCCUGUCUGGCAGCCACUUCUCUGCUGAUCUAUGGCCUUGUUUAGGCUGAUAAAUCUCAAACUUGUAACAUUCAGUUCUCCUCCAGGCUGUCAGGGAGAUGAUUUGUCACCAGUGGAGAGUUUCCCAGGUCAUCUCUGCCCUGUCCCUGUGCUGGUGGUCAGUCCCAGUCAGGCUGCUCCACUGGGAUCAGUGAAACACCAGCACUGUUCCUGUAGUUCUGUGCUGCAGAGGGAAAACACCUCUUCCCCCUGGCACCAAUCCUGCUGGUUCCUGGGCAGUAAACCUGGGAAAGUGGGGGCAGACUUUUAUAAUCUGUGCCCA